AUGAGAAUUGGAGGCGGUCGUUCAUCAACGGACACAAGGUGCAGCUUCUCAAGAGGUGGCGAGACCAGGAGCGAAAGAGAGAACAGAAAAAGCUCUUCAACGAGGGCAUGGCCGAGGGUUACUUCAUGCACGACUUCGACGUCAUGGACAGGUUCGAGGAGGAGAACGGCGGCGCCAAGAAGAGGAACCCGUGGAAGGACGGCGAUCCGGCUGCGGCGGCAGGAAGCAACUACUACGGCGUGGGCCAAGACGGCCUGCAGAUGCCACCCCAGAUGUGGAACUGCUGCGUCCUGCAGUAGUGGCGCGUGUCGUCUCGAGCCAUCAUCGCGCCCUUGCCACACACACACACACACAGCGCGUACAGUUCCACCAUCUCGCACGCGCGCGUUGUGUGCGACACUUGUUAUUCUACGUGUACAGAAGUUCAAAGAGAAGAACAGACUAAACGCCCUAAUAUUCACAGCCCUCCCACAGGUUUCGUGA